GCCGUUUCAACCACCAUAUCAUCAUCACCCACGACCAAGAAGGGAUCACUUGCCAUUUGGCUGCCUAACGCUCAAGAAAGCUCCGAGGUCGUUGCCGCGCUACACAGAGAAGACCACCGCCGUCCUCUCGCCGCUAGUUCGCCACCGUUCGCUUGGAUCUUGACUGUUCAGCUUGUUGGAUCCCCACAAGAUCCCACCCGAGACCUCUUCACCCGCCACCUUUGGGGCCAGCACGCCCCUUCACACCCGCCGCUUGGUGUUUGAUUUCAACAUUGAACCUGAGUGGUUUCCUUGCCGAUAGCAUCGCCUACGUCUAACAUGAUUCGAGCCUCCUUGCCCUUUACUCGCCUGCCUGGUCUGGUGACGCGGGGCUGCUUCAAGUUCAAGAACACCCAUUCCGCGAUGUUCGCCACAUUCAGUGGACCCACCACGGUUGCCGCCGCACGGUCAGCCCGUGCUGGGGCUGCCGUUGCUGGUGACCGUCUUCGGAUCGCGAAAGACUCUGUCUUGACCGGUCCGACUGCAGGGUCCGCUAACUAUCAUUCGGCCGCGUUGGCGGUCGAAGUCCCGGACGACAUCGUGCCUCCCCUUGUCGUCCAACAACACCAACUCCACGCCGCGUCGUCCAUUGUUGCCAAGAAGUCUGUGCUUAACAGAUUGUGGCAACACAUCGAAACCGGCGAAGAAAACGCAUUCUAUGUCGUCGACACGUCCGCGGUGGAAGCGCGCUUCAAUCUGUGGAUGAAGCAUCUCCCGUACGUCAAGCCGUACUACGCCGUCAAAUGCAACCCCGACCCGAGCAUCCUCCAGACCCUCGCGCGUCUCGGCGCGGGCUUUGACUGCGCGUCACAGGCCGAGAUUGCCCAAGUCCUCGCGCACGGCGUGGACCCGCGCUCUAUCAUCUACGCCAAUCCGUGCAAGCAGCCGUCGCACAUUUCGUACGCGACCCAGCAAAACAUCGACUUUAUGACGUUUGACGGAUGCGACGAACUUACCAAGAUGAAGCGCAUCGACCCCGAUGCCCGCGUCGUGCUGCGGCUCUUUGUCGACGACUCGCACUCGCAGUGCCCGCUCGGCACCAAGUUUGGCGCCGUUCUCAACGACGUCCCUGCGAUCCUCAAGCAUGCCAAGGCCAUCGGGUCCAACGUCGUCGGCGUCAGCUUCCACGUCGGCAGCGGCUGCUCGGACGCGUCCGCGUACACGGACGCCGUCGUCCGCGCCAGGAAGGCGUUUGACAUUGGCGCAUCCCUUGGCUUUGAUUUUGAACUGCUCGACAUUGGCGGCGGGUUCCCUGGGGAUGCCAACGCGCCCAUCUCGUUCGAGUCCAUCGCGUCGACGCUGAACGCGGCGCUGUCGACCCACUUCCCGUCUGACGUCAAGAUCAUCUCGGAGCCCGGCCGGUUCUUUGCCGCCACGAGCCACACGCUGGCCGUCAACGUGAUUGGCCGUAAGCUUGCGCCCAACUCCCUCGCAGCUUUUUCUGCUGCUGCCACGUCAUCGUCCCCGGCCAAAGCGGCGCGGGGCCACCGCGGCCUCCACGCCGGCGCCGAUCCGUACUACAUGUACUUUGUCAACGACGGCUUGUACGGAUCCUUCAACUGCCUUCUUUAUGACCACGCCCAAGUCCAUCCCGUGGCGUUGGGCGGGUCGGAAGACCAGAAGUUUUCGUCGAGCAUCUGGGGCCCGACCUGCGAUGGCCUGGACUGUAUCGCAAAGGACAUCGAUAUGCCUGUGUUGGACAUUGGCCAGUGGAUUUACUUUGCCAACAUGGGCGCGUACACGUCCGCCGCCGGCUCCCACUUUAACGGAUUUGCUCCCCCCGACAAGGUGUACUUUGACUGCCACGACCAACACGACGACGAAGAAUAAGUCGAGUGUGAGUCGUUUCCAAAAUACAAUCGUGCGUUUGCUGCAAUAAAAAAAAAUACAUGCAUUUUGAGUGUA